AUGGAUAGGAAAGGGCGAAGAAAACCUCCCAUCAGAAGGCUUCGUGCUCCGAGGGUGAGUAAGCGCACUAAGUUCCUCUUUUCACUGUCUACAAAGGAGCAUCUGCUACAUGGAGACAUAAGGGAGGAAACGGUAGAGGAGCGGAUUGCUUUCCUACCACCGCUUCCGUCAACAUUGGCAAUUCAGAGUAGGGCGCUUGAUCAAGACAUUUUACAGCUUAUAAAGGAGGAAGUGGUUCGCUUCGUGGGGUUGAAAAACAUUAGUCUGGAAUGGGUGCGCGGACUCCUAAAAGAGGUUGCAUCCGGCACACGCAAACAUAGAUUUCAUUCGACUACCUCUAGGCCCUGGCUUGCAUUUAAAGAAUGUGCUGCCACCAUGAAAAACCCGUACUUAGUUCCUGGCACUCAUAAUGAACAAAUUUUGCAGGAGAAGGACGAGGAAAAAGAUGCUGCGCCCAUUGAAUCCAACUCUCCUAAACUACUUUCGGAGAGUUCCGAAUCACCCCCCAUUAAAAAGCCACGGUCGCGUUUUAUGGCUACACUAUUUAAUGAACGAUCGUUUGAAUCUUCUCACCUGAGCACGCAAUUGCGAGAAAUUGUGUGUAAAGGCACGACUACUUUGGAAAAAUUUAUUUACAAGAAACCAAUCGAGAAAGUGCGUUAUAGAGCCAAGGAUUGCGGUCUGGGCGUGGUGUUGCCACUUCAAGUAGUACCAAAAAAUAACGCCCGAUGGCUCUUUCGAAUGGAUGUGGAGGACACCCUCGGUAUGACUGCCUAUGUCUGGAAAAAGUGGAUCCAUGCUCAACUUUCGAAGCGCGUUGUCAUUGCCAAAAGCAUCACAGACUCCGAGAUUCGCUUUUCCCUUCCCAGUGAUCUGCACGCCUUGGAGGGCCUGAGUGUGAUUGACUACUUAGAGACAAAUUGUGCAAUCGCCAAGUCAAGAAUGGUCAUUUAUGAGGCGUUGUACUCACGAAUGAAGCAAGCGGUUAUUAAUGUGCAGGCAUUGAAGGAAGCAAUUUUAAAGCUUAUUCCGACCACUCCGGCGGAAAACUGUUUGAAUGAGCUAAUCGAUCUCUUAGAUUUGCCAGAAGAUUAUGCAUUCAAAACGAGUACAUUCUGCAAGUGCUUAGGCCUCUCUGAGCGUCUUUUUGCCCCAGUGGAUAAGUCAAACAACGAAGACGAGGAAAUUUCAAUGGAUGAAGAAGAACAGUGGAAAUUUCAAGCUGGACCCUUGGAACGCUUGGACUUUUGCCAGGUGUCACGACGGCUAACUCCCUUGGAGGUUAAUCCUAGGCUCAAACGAUUGUUGGAGAAACUUGAGCGUCAAAUAAACUGGCAAUUAAAGGACUUCCAGAUUGUUCCCUUCUCUCGCCGAUUCACCGAAAACCCAAUUAAGCGACUUUUCAAGCGAGCCAAAAGCUCCAUUCACAAAUAUGAAACAGCAAAAAUGCACUCCACUUUCCGAUUUGCUCAUCAUUAA